CCAGCUUUCGAGUCUGCUCGUGGUGGUGCAACUUGUACAUUUCCUUGUCUUCAGGACAAACCCAACGAAACAAUGCGAAAGCAUAUCCGGUUCAUUUUUAUUCUCAUAUUUUGUGCCUGUGGCCUUGUCGCCGCCCAAGACAUCCCGCGAUGUUACUAUCCCGCAGGGAACAUAGCGGUUAGCGAAUAUGCCUGCCAGCUGAACACGACGCACAGCUUUUGCUGCGUUACAGGUGCUAAGUGCCUGGACAACAAGCUUUGCGACGCCAGCGCACUUGUAAACUCCUCGGAGCCCAUGUAUUAUAGGGGGACUUGUACGGAUAAGACAUGGCAGUCGGACGAGUGUCCCAAGUUUUGUCAAGGUGAGUAGGCCGCCUUGCACCACCGAACCGUCUCACAAAAUACGCAGCGCAGCAGCCCCGGAACGGAUCAGUCAUUGUGCAGUGCAAUGACAACUCGGAUGUUUGCUGCGACAGCUUCACGAACAUUGAAAACUCGGCC